UUCUUCACUAAACUCGUCUUUUUAUUCUCUUUCUUUUCUUUUCUUUUUCUUUUUAUUUAUUUUUAUAUCUUAUUCAUCCAAAAUGAGUUCCCAAGAUAACUGGGAAAACAGUUUGGUGGACAACGAUCAAGAUUAUUAUCAACAAUUAUAUCAAUACCAAUGUAUAAACAAGUCUCAAGAUGAUAUGGUUCAAUUCUUACGAAAAGCUCGCGAUAUAUCGGCUCAACAGUUAAACCAGAUAUUAGGUGCUGCAUUCCAACCCAAUAUGAAACAGCAGAAAGAUAAUAAUAAAAAAUCCUUUUUUAUUGCUUUGAAAUUGAUUGCCUGUGCCCAAAAUGGUAUCAAUCCUUCAAGUCCAAUUCUUUCUACAAAUACUCCUUUACCCGUAUUUGAUGACUAUGAAAUUAUAUCUACUAAGGAUCGACAAAAGUAUCUACGUAUUUUUCAUGCUUCAGGUCCUACUGAUGGAUUAAUCCCUGGUGACAAGGCAAUGAAGAUUUUGAUGCGAUCAAAACUUCCUGUAUCAUUACUUAGUCAUAUUUGGAAUCUUGCUGAUAUUGAACGACAAGGUAAAUUGGAUUCGAUUGGAUUUGUGAUUGCAAUGCAUUACGUAGCAAAAUGUAUGUCUGGUAAUACCACUUUACCUCAUGCGAAUGCUCCAGACUCUAUUCUUGUAUCAGCACGUGGUGAACCUCCUUCCUUGGCAUCAACAACAACUUCUCCAUCUCGUACCACUCUAUCGCCACCACCUAUUCCUGAAACUCAUUCUCGCACUUCUGAUGACUAUUCUCAACUCUUUUCUCCUUUGCCUCAUCAUCAUCCUUGGAAGGUGGAUAACACUGAAUAUCAUGGUUACAUUGAUGCUUUCAAAAGGAUCGAUAGUCAAAACAAAGGUUAUAUUGAAGGUAAUCAAGCUGUUGGAUUCUUCAAUCAUUCAAACUUGUCCCCUUCCGAUUUGGCCGCGAUUUGGGAUUUGGCUGACACUCAAAACCGUGGUAAACUAGAUCAAGAUGAAUUUGCUAUUGCUAUGCACCUUAUCAGACGAGUUCGAGCUGGUGAUUCCCUUCCAGCUAUCCUGCCUGACUCAUUGCUGUCACCUACCCAUAACGAAAUCCAGGACAAGGAAGUACUGGAAAAUAAAGUCAGUCAAUUACAACAAUCGAUCACCAAUGAACAACAAAAAGCAGCUGAACUACAACAAAAUAUCAAGGAACAAGAUACAGUGGUGACUGAACUUCAAAAACAAAUGACUAGUUUGGAGCAAUCUCUACAAGAAGCCAUUAAACAAAAAUCAGAUCUGCAGGCUACUUUGGAUUUACUCAACAAAUCAGAACAUGAUAAACGUCACAAGAUUGCCAUACUGGAAAAGGAAUAUAACAACACACAAACUCAACUGAUAUCAUUGAAAACGAUAUAUCAACAAAAGCUUGCUAUGGCUGGGGUUUCUGAUAGUCAAUUGGCUGCCGCUCAAAGUCUCAGGAAUAAAUCAGCAGAAGAACUAGCUCUUGCUCAAGCUGGUCAAUUUGACAAACUUGCAGGUAAUAAUAAAGUCAAUGGAAGAAAAAAAAGGAAAAGAAAAAAAGAAAGAUUUUUUUUUUGUAUUCACUUGUAUUGUUUUCUAGAUAUGUCGCCCAAAUCUAACGAUGCUCCUCCUCCACCACCGCCUUCCAGUCGUCAUCAUCGUACUCAAAGUGUCCGUGCUCAACCUACUGGAGGUUCUUCAGCCAAAAAGCCACCAGCACCACCUCCAUCCAAAAAGAAACGUUCUCCAAUGUCACCUACUUCACCUACUUCACCAUCUCUCAAUAUUGAUGAUAUACCAAUAUCCAACGAAACUGGAUCAGAAACCGGUCAUCCAAGUUCAAUUACAGCAUCUGUAUCAGCUGGUAUUGCUUCAGUGGUAGCUUCCGCAACAUUAGGCAACGUCAUUGCUUCUUCUCUUAAAGAUAAUUCCACGACAUCUGAACUUGACAUACAAAGUGAAACUGACAAACAACGUUCUGUCGAUACUACGAAGGAUACACAAGAAUCACAAGCUCCUGUAUACGAAUCACUGGACCAGAAUGACAAAGCAACUCUUCCCAAUAAUAUGGAUAUGGAUAAAAAAUUCAACAAUACAGAAGGCCACGACAAGGAGGAUCAUAGUGUAGAAACUACUCCAGUGAUGAAAGACGAGAUUCCAGCAGAAGCGACAUCAAUCAUCACCGACGCAAAGGACGACAGCAAGGAUACACCAUCUGACGUUACUGAUUUUGAAACUGUGAAUGUCAGCAAGGAAUCAUCAUCGGGUGCUAUCAUAAGCGACAACAGCAACGAUAUCAAGGACAUGCCUACAGAAAUUAGUAAUGACAACGACGAAAACAAUAUUAUUAAGGAUAUUCCACAGGAAGCAACUGACAACAAAAAUGCAGACAACACCAUCAAGGAUACCGCAAUGGGAACUGGUGAUAUUAGUAAACCUGAGGAAUCUAUUCCUGUCGCUGAUAUUGACGAAACUGGACGUGGAAAGAAUACUUCACUGUUGGCUGAUAGUGAUGAUAACAAAUAUAUGGACCUUACCCGAACUGAAACAACUGUGGAAGCUGACAAUGAACCCAAGGAAACAAUAAUAUCAACAAAAAAAACUGAUGAUGAGAAGGCACUUACAAAGGAUGAACAUCAUGGCGAACAUAUUCCUACUGAGGAUCUUUUGGACAAGAAGGACACAAGCAUAGACCAAAAGGAAUCGAAGGAUGAUGAUCAACAUAUCGAGCCAUCAACAAUUCACCAGGAUGAGCCAAAGGAAGAUCAACAUAUUGAUGACACUAUCACUCACGAAGAUCAAGCUUAUCCACAGACUAGGCGAUCUGAAUCUGACGAUACUCAACAACAACAACAACAACAACAGCAACAACAACAACAACAACUGACAGAAGACAACAUCCACACUGAAGGGGGCAGCAAAGAUGUUACAACUGGUUCACCAGAAAUAUUUACUGCAACAACAACAGCAUCAGGUAGUUUGAAAGGUGACGACCAUGAUUUCGAAGUAGUGGAAAAUGCAUCUACAUCAUCCUCUUUUAUGUCUGCAAGUAUGGGACCUGAUGACGAAGGUAUGGAUGAAUUUGAUGCUGCUUUCUCUGAAACACUUCCUGAUGCCAAGAUGGUUUCCUCUAAUGCCAAUACGACGACUACCAAUGCUACCGGUGCAACAACAUCUACUACAGUUCCAGAGGGUUUUGGUGGUAACUUUUAUGGCGAUGACGACUUUGAUGAAGCUUUUGGACCCAAAAAGUUCAAUCCAACUCCUCAACAAACCUUACCAACCGUUCCAGCUGAACAAGAUCAACAAUCCAACAAAGUCAACAAUGAUCCAUUUGGAGUGAUGAAUGGUGAUCAACAUGUUAAUGCUUUUGCCGAUGCUUUUACACCUUCAUCUACAGUUGAACCAAAGGAUUUUGGAAAGUCUUCUGACAGUUUUGCCGAUAACUUUAUCACGACUGAAUCUCAGAAUAUCCCAAAGAUCGAUCAACAAAGCAACACCUCUUCUACUAUCCCUACUUUUGGCAAUUUCCGAGAACUGGUGACUUCUCCUGAACAAGUUGUUGAAUCCAAUCCAUUUGAUGAACCAUCUUUUGAACACCAUUGGACUGCUGAUAAAGAUCAACAACAGACAACGACGAUUUCUACUCAACCAACCACUCAGCAGAAGGAUACAGUUCAACAACCCAUUGAUGAAUGGAGAAACAGCACGGGUAUUGGAUCGACACCUUCUAUCAGCGAAUCCUCUCUAUUCAACCAAUCAUCAGCCAUCCAUAACCAAACAGCAUCCACUACACAACCUGUAUCAGUGAUGGCCACAUCAGCAGUAGAUGCAUCACCUUCUGUGUCUACGGCGUCCAUAACGCAGUCAGAUCAACCAUCGCAGCCACCACCAUCCUUAUCUACCGAUAGACAAUCAACAACAAAACCUGUGGACGAAGGCCAAUCUACAAAGACCAAACACAAAGGACUAUUCUCAUUAUCAUCCAUGCUUCCUAAACAAAAAGGAAAGAAAUCCAAAUCCAAGUCGACCAAGAAAGACAAAUCAUCAAGUGAACAACAUCCCCAACCAUAUUUACAAGCUCCUUCUUUGGAAAACUUACCUGCUAUGUCGGAUCAAGAAGUCAUGGCCAAUCUACGUGAUUUUGGUACUGAUAGUGAAUCCAUGACUACGCUGACCAACAUGGGCUUCACUAUUGAACAAGCAAAAGAAGCAUUGGAACGAUAUGAUUACGAUGUACAAAAGGCCACCAACUUUUUAUUGGAUCAAUAAAGUUCAUUCUUGUUAUUAUUAGUUGGUUUUUAUAUAUUAUUACUGCAUUGAUUGUAGUUGUAAUCUGUAGUAUUUUUUUUUAUUUUUUAUUUUUUAUUUUUAUUAUUUUCUCAAUAAAGGUUUACAGUUUGAUUUAAAAA